GCAACUACACUCAUAACUCAUAAUGCGAAACGACACGGACAGCAUACCCUUCUACGAUGUGUUCGGAUACUACGAAUGGACGCUCACACUUGCUGACCCCCGAACGAAAGGAUGGCUACUGGUGGAUUCCCCCGUUCCAACGAUGCUGUGCGUGUGUGCCUAUCUUGGCGUCGUUUGGGCUGGCCCUAGACUAAUGCGAGACCGAAAACCAUUCGAUCUCUCUCCAAUACUCAUUCCCUACAACCUUGUGAUGGCACUUUUAAACCUGUACAUUUGCGCCCAACUUUUCAUCGGUUCCACACAGCUGGGAUACAGCUACAUCUGUGAGCCGUGCAAGCAGAGUUUCAGCAGUUCGGAGAUGAGGAUUGUCGGAGCCGUCUGGUGGUACUACUUCUCCAAGGUGCUGGAAUUCACCGAUACGUUCUUCUUCAUCUUACGCAAAAAGGACAACCAGUUGACGUUCCUGCACGUGUACCACCACAGUACCAUGUUUUCGUUCUGGUGGAUUGGCGUCAAGUGGGUUCCCAGUGGAAGUACUUUCCUCCCCGCCAUGGUCAACUCGUUCAUUCACGUUCUGAUGUACGCAUACUACGGACUGUCUACCUUGGGACCACACAUGAACAAAUACCUCUGGUGGAAGAAGUACCUGACCAUUCUGCAAUUGAUCCAAUUCACCUGCGCCCUCGCGUUGGGCAUCAAUGGCAUACUCGUGGGAUGUGAAUUCCCGUUGUGGAUGCACUACACCCUGAUUGGGUACAUGAUCUCGUUCAUCGUGCUGUUCGGGAACUUCUAUGCCCAGGCCUACCUCAAGGGAGAAACCAUCAAGGAGUUUGAAAUCAAUGCUAACUGUUUGGAUCUUCGGUCCAAAAACAAGGUGCAAUAGAGCAGUUAAGUUGGGAAGGUGUUACAUAUGUGUGGGGUUAAACGCCAAAUAGUUGAUAGAACUAGACAGUUUUAGUAACAUUGGAUCGGUAUUGCAUGGCAUAGUGUAAUUGU